AAUUGAUACCGAGCAAGUGAAAAACACGAGAGAAUUAGCGGUUUAAACUUUAAAACUGCAAAUAAGUACAUACAUUUCAUAUUUAAUUAAUGUUAGUGAGUAUACUACAAUCAUUUUAAAAUGAAUAAAUUAUCACAGUGGAUUUUCGGUCUUAACAUAUUAUGUGUAUUAUGGUUCAGUUUACUAAUUCACCAAUAUGAUAAUGAAUAUUUUUUCAUUAUUCAAUUUAUUCCAAUAAUUUUACUAAUUGUUUUUGGGGUAGUUUCAUUGGGAAUUAUACUGUACAGAGUAUCAGCUUUCAAUGAUUGCAAAUCAGCUGCUUUGGAGUUACAAAUGGAAAUUAAGGAAGCAAAAAUAGCACUUACAGAAAAAGGAUUUAAAUUUGAUUAACUAACACAUAUAUACUUAUAUUUACUUGCAACAACGA